GGCCGUCGACGUUCGCGACUUCAAGUUGGCGAACCGGGAGGAGGACGAGGACAAUCAUCAUGCUACUAGUAUGGCAAGGUAGUUGAGGGUACCAUACUUAUGAGAUCUCGCUUAGUUCUCAACAGUGGAAAUGGGACAUUCCUACGGAGGUCUUCUGAUAGCUCACGGCUUCGCUGCAUUCAUCGCGCUCAUGAGAUCUACGCGCUCAAUGAGUUGUGACAUGUCGUAUCUUUGGUUAUCGGCAGGGGUCGUCUUCCCGGCGCCGCAAUCAACGCAAGUCGCCGGCGGGCGGAUAUCAGCGCCUAGCCUAGUGCCUCGCUACUAUCUACGAAUACGUACGGAUAUGAGACCAGAGCGUGCCAUAGAUCCUGGCAAAAGAAUUCCGCAAAAGACUAAACUGGAUCCUAAUAUCUUGGCUCCUGUCUCAUCGGUCAAGACUCGUCAGCAAAACGCAGUGCAGAGAAGUGGCAGCUCCGGCUUGGGGACGCGCGGGACCACCCGCAAGCAGGACGGGAUUUGCGGAUGUGCCGCAUGUGCUCCGAGCAAGGAUCAUGAUGACCGGAGAAGACUCAUUGGCGACGAAGAGGGGAGCGCUCAACCAGCGGUGGAGGAGAGUCCAGCGAAACUUCCUGAAGCUGUGGAUAACGGCUAUGCAACGACGGACGAAUGCAGCAUGUGGAUAUUGUGAUGGUUCGGCCAUAAGGUGACGAAAGGGGCGAAAAGAGACUCAUGCUACGGCGCCGAGACCACUGAAGUUUGAGAACAGGUGGAGGUCUCCCUGUCCGAGGAGGAUGUUUAAUGACCCAGUCGUCCGGGUCCGAUUGACAGGAUCAAGUUUCGAAAUCAAAGUGGCGGUCAGAACGGUUCGAUUUCGACGUGGAGAGUUGACGAUGUGACGCCGUCAUGGAAGAUGACAUGUUUGCAGAAAUGUGACAGACUUUAGCCGAUGAGCCAGUUAUUACAAACAAAAGUACGCAC